AUGAGGUGGAUCGUACUCCAGAUAUUACUGCUUUCUGGAAUUUAUCCCUCCUUGUUGCAGACUGCAGUCAGUGGUACCUCAUUUAAGAAACGAGAUCUCUUUCGGCAAUUGGCUCGCUAUGAAGCGAGCGACUGGAGAGAGAGCAACACACGAACGCAGAGAUCGGCAAAUGAUAGUUCGGAGCUGGUUGUGGGUGAGGAAGAGGCGGCCCAGGCUUCUCUUUUUGAAGAUAGCAAUGGAGAAGGGAUGGCUCAGAUAAAGCUGUAUCAGCCUGUUAAUGAAAGCUCCGCAGUGCAGAUAAAGGCUGACACUGAAGGGGACCGGUGCAGGAAAGAAGCGUUGCGUUGGUUCCACAAGCCUUUCACGAACGCGAAAAAUGUGGAAGGUCCUGCGGGCCAAUUUAAGCAGGAGUUGGAGCAGCAAAUAACGCAUAUGAAGUGGUGUUGGAAGCUAACAGAUGUAUUCCAAACAUUCAAGGGAUGGCGCAUGCAGAAAAUAAAAAAGGAAAUAAAAGAUGGAUUCUGUGCUGAUUGUGGACAUUACAUGUCAGUGCCAUCCACUUUCACGUCUGCAUAG